UCCCCUUCAUCUUCUUCGGGCCCUGCUGUCGCAGCCUUGCUAACUAAGAAACUAAAUAAUUCCUACUAGUUUAAUCCUUACAAGAAAUAUCAAACAAAUCAUUCCUUUAUCAUAUACCCACCGAAUCUAGAUUAAUUAAUCCCGUGCAUCUCCUGGCCCCUCUCCACUCUUUCUAGGCAAAAAAACACCAUUUUUUUCCCUCUGUGUACAUAAGAAUAUUUCUUCACUUAUAAAUCGCCCUUUUCCAUUAAAUUCUUUUUUCUAUAACCAAUAAGCUGGGUCUUGUUUGUGCAUGGAGAUCUUUACAAAAACAAAGGCCGUGAAACUCAGGAGCCACCUGGAGAAGUACCUAGUGGCCGAUGAUGAUCAACAAACCGUCCGUCAAAGCCGCAACAGCUCGGGAAAAAGAGCUAGGUGGUUCGUCGAGCUUGUCCAGGAUAAACCAAACGUUAUCUGCCUCAAAAGCUGUCAUGGCAAGUACCUCGCAGCCACUGAUUUACCCUUUCUUUUGGGCAUGACGGGUAAAAAAGUGCUGCAAACGGUACCCGAUAGGAUGGAUUGGAAACUCCAGUGGGAGCCUAUAAGAGACGGGUUCCAGAUCAAGCUGAAAACCUGGUGCGGUAAAUUUUUACGUGCCAACGGAGGGACACCUCCAUGGAGGAACUCCAUCACUCACGACGAACCUCAUACUGGCGCUACGCAGAAAUGGAUAUUAUGGGAUGUGGAGGCGGUGCAGGUGCCAGAGUCCGAGCCGUUCAUGGAGUAUUUGUCGUCAGUUUCGAGCUUUUCUUCGGUGUCUGAUGAAGUUUUGGAGGCUUUGAGCGAUGAUAUUUUAGGGUCAGGUGCCCACUCGCCUAUUUCGGUCGUGUCAUCGGUGAAUUCUCCAAGGUUUUCAAUCGUUUCAACAGGGUCGCCGAAAUUGUCAGCUAAACAGGUCAAUUCCAACAAUUUCCGGACGGGAAUGGAUUUGUUCCUCAACGCCAAAGCGGUGCGUCUCCGCAGCCACCACGACAAGUAUCUCCUCGCCGAGGAAGACGAAGAUUCCGUUACUCAAGACCGAAACGGAUCCUCCAAAAACGCCCGAUGGACCGUCGAGUUCGUCCCCGGAUCCCAAAACAUCAUCCGCCUGAAAAGCUCUUACAACAAGUAUCUCACUGCCUCGAACCAACCCUUUUUACUUGGGAUGACCGGUCGAAAGGUGAUUCAGUUGCUCCCUAGGAGGCUCGACUCAUCGGUCGAGUGGGAACCCAUUAGAGAAGGGUCUCAGGUUAAGCUCAAGACUCGGUACGGUAACUUCUUGAGAGCAAAUGGAGGGUUACCGCCUUGGAGGAACUCGGUGACGCACGAUAUUCCUCAUAGGACUGCUACUCAAGAUUGGGUGUUGUGGGAUGUGGAUAUUGUGGAGAUUCAAGUCAAGUCUCCAGGGAGUGGCCAUCAGCCCUCGUUUCCUCCUGCUAUUCCUCACGCAGAUUCAUUGGACUUUGAAUCUACUUCGCCUUCUGCAGUUUCAGGCAAAUCUGGAAAGUUUUCUAGACAAGAGUCAAGUGAUUCAUAUGUGGGUUCACAGCCAAAAUCGGAAGGUCGGACAAUAUACUACCAUGUAGCAGAUGAUAAUGGGGAGGUUGAUGAUGAGGCAGUGGAGGGUUACUCUUUUAGUUUUAAGGGUAAUAGUGUGGAUGAAUUGACUCACAAAUUGAAGGAAGAGUCAGGCCUUGAGGAUGUUGUGGUGUGUACUCGCAGUCCGUUAAAUGGGAAGCUUUUUCCUCUUCGCUUGCAGCUUCCUCCCAACAAUGCAGAUAUGCAUGUUGUUCUAGUUCCACUAGCAUCAAAAGUGGCAAGAGAUUUUGCAAAACAAGGAAUUAAUUUGUGAGCUGCAUUGAAGGAACUUCACAGUUUUGUUCACGACACAGAUUCAAAAAUACGUGCGCUGUACAUUCUACUUAAGUCUCUUCUUAUGCUAGCUAAAAGCAUUCAGUGAGUAACCUUCAUCCCGUUGCGUUCUCACAGUGAUAAAGUUGGGUAAAAUCCAGUAGAGAGUAAUGUUCUUGCUUUGGCAGAGGAUAAUUAUAGCACACUGCCAACAAAUUUAUCCUUUGUAAAAUAUUAAUUUUGAUCCUUGCUUCCUUAUGUGCUUCAUUGAUUGGUUUUUGAUGUAGAAUUUUUUGGCCAAACUUAUUUCAAAUUCAAGAUAUAGAUGACCGUGCUUGUUAUCUCCAA